AUGGAACAUCAAUUUUGGGGUGUUGCCCAAACGCCAUUCAGACGAAACUUACCACCAAUUUACGAGAACGGUUUCAAUACGCCAGUCGGAUGGGAUCCUAACAAGUUGUAUUUUGGUUUCAAGAAGCCGAAUCCUCGCUCGGUAUCGUUGAAGCUUAUCUCAACCGAACGAAUCACACCUCAUCCUGGUUAUUCGGCUAUGAUGAAGCAAUGGGGCCAGUUCUUGGCACAUGAUAUCGAGCAAACUGCGCCCGGCUUGGCCCGCCAAACUUAUAUGAAAGGAGCAAUAUGUAAUAAAACAUGUGAAAAUCUCGAUCCCUGCUAUAACGUUCCAAUGCCACCAGAGGAUCCGCGAUUGAAGUCCAAGCAUGCACCGAAAAUUAAAUGCAUUGAAGUGGAACGUUCGAGCGCUACGUGUGGAUCCGGUCAGACUGGGCCAAUCUACCGCCAACUAACCUAUAGAGAGCAAAUGAAUAUUUUGACGUCGUAUAUCGACGGCUCCGGGAUAUACGGUAGUUCCGAGGUGGAUGCACUUGAU